GCAGGCAGGGCGCUGCCUUGGCCGAGCUGCACCUCCCGGCACCGCUGGGCUGCUGCGGCCUCGCGCCCCUGGCACCGGCCCCCGGGCAGCUCUUCUGCCCAGCUGUGCGGGUGCGAGGAGAGGAGGGUGCUGCCUGCGGGUGCCAGGGCUCUCCUUGCACGGAUGGGCGGACGUCGGUGGCGCUGGUGCCCUAGAGCGCAAGGAAACCGUGGGCAGCGCUUGAGAGACAGAGGACGGGAAGGCUGUGGUUCCCUCAUAUUUGCUGGGAGGGAGUAUUUAGGGGCCCGUUUGCCAGUCCUCCAAGAUGUAGGAUUGUCUGCGUUACUGCCUACCGUGUAGGCACCUGGCAAACAAUGCUAUGCUGGAUGACUCAAGACUGGAGCUAUGGGGAGUGAUUCAAUACAGGGGAAUAUAUGUUUUCUCCAGAGGGCAAAAUCCUUUAGCGGAGAGAGGAGAUCAAGAGAAGUUAGAGCCCUAAUUGGGUUACCAAGGUUUGCAACUGGUCAGGAAAUGCAGUGCUUCAGCACAGUGGCAGGAGGUGCAGCAGGCUUCAGCUCCCUUCCAGCCUUUGCACUGAUGUGGGGCUCCUGGCAGCUGCAGAUAGGUGCCAGAAUGUAGCGCGGCGCCUUCGUCCACACCUGGCGAACUGGGAUCAGGAUGAAGCAGUGCCCCGGCAUCUGUAAUUGCCAUGUACUGCACUCUGCUCCCUUGGAGCUGGGGGGUUGAUCCUGGGGCUGAGCAGUCUUCUCAAGGCUGUAGGUUGACCCUUUCCUCUUGGUGGCGGGAACUCAGUUGCUGGAGCUCCACGUGUUGUGACUUCUGAAGAUUUAUUAGAGCAGUUAAGAUGAUGGAAGAAAACCCUUGGCUGUACCCCUGUGGCUUUAAGAUGGCAGUGACUAGUGAAGCUUGGAGGGCAUGGGAUCAAAACCCAUGAAAACCUGCUGUGCGUGUAUCAGUGUGGGAGACCGAAGAGGAGCUGGAGCAAAUCUCUAGCAAUCCCAGUGAGAAAGAGAAGGCUCUUUAAUAAACAAGGAGGGAAACCAAAUCUGCAGUGACUCCCCUAUGGCUGAGCCAACCCAGCUGCCUUUUUAAACUAGUCUGUUAAGCAAAAUGAAAAGCAGUGAGGAAACACAAUGAUGCUUAAAAAACUUAUUUUGUAGCCAUAGCUACCAAUAAAAAGCAGGUAGGAGAGCUACUUGGAAAAACUGGCUACCCAUAAAUUAGUAAGUCUAGCUCAGACGCUGCUUAGUAGAAAUUAGUAGGAGCCAGGAGGAAAGAUUUGAAUUCUGAGGUAUGGGUAGGAUUGGCUGUGGUGUCUGCUGAACUCCCUGGCAGUUCUUCCUGUAAUAGGAUGGAGAAACCCAGCUGUACCUGAUUUCUUUUUUAUUAGCAUAACAUUAAUCUUUUUUUCUUUAAAAAAAAAAAAAAAAAGGGAAAGGAACCUUGCUGUUAGUCCAAUCAUGUGAACUUCACACCUUAGUAAAAUAAUGGAAGAAAUGGUGAGGAUGAAUCUGAAAGUACUUAGAAGGUAAUUGAGCCAAAAAGAGAUAUUUUUAUCAAGCCUAAAUCAUUUCGAGUGACUUGAGAAUUUUUUUGAUGAAUUACAGUCCCCUUUUGGGUGAAAGGGGUUUGCUUUAGGUGUAUUGUGUAUAUCAUUUAUUAUAAUACUUCUAUAUGUUAUCUUUCAUGAACUCUUCAAAUAGCCUAAGAUCACCAAUUUUUAAGGUGUGUUAAGGUUGUGCACAUGUAGACCUGCACCCUUAAGGUGCCUUAAAAAUGGCUAAUGCUUCUUAAAUUGGCAUGUGCAGAUGCACCCAAUGAUACUUAAACAGAUGUGUAAUAGCUGCAUUUUUGAGAAAAAUAAUAUGUAUGAGUUAAAUAGUGGGAAAGAAGUUUGUGGCAGGGUUGAUAAUGCUAGGAGAAAUAUAAAGGUGAGAGCAGUCAGAAAAAUGGAUGUACUUGUUGCAAAACAACAUGGCCAAAAUGUCUGAGUGAUUUUUUGGUAUGCAUGGGUGGCUCGUGUCAUAGAGUUGACACAGCCUGUGUCUAUGGCAUGAGUACAACCUCAUCUGGAAUACAGAUCAUAAUAUGGGCAGUCCCUGACAAAGGCAGAAAGGAGAGGGGCAAGAGAGCAGAAAUGAGAUGGACAAAAAUCACUGGUUUCAUGGAAAAAUAUUUUUAUAUACAUUUAAAAAAAUAAACUUGUUUGAAAUUAAAUUUGAGAUUAUGGCAAUUAUGUUGAGGCUUUAACAAUCCAUUAAAACUAUAUCAAACAAAAAAGAUUCAACAAUAAGCCCCCCUCAAAGUUUUAUGAGUCAAAAGGUGCUGCUUUUCAAUUACCCAUGGAACUUGGGCAGGGUGGAGGGGGUGGAUCUUAUCUUUUGAAGUCGACUUAAGAGUUGUAGAUAUGUCCCAGUAUCAUGUACUGUGGAAAAUAAGUAUCUAUAUUGUUUUCAGCCUUUAAAAUGAGUGAAUGCAUUUAUAGUUUCCUACAUGUCCAUACUUUCAAUUUCUGUAUGUGCAGAAAAGUUAAUAUUUAAAUUACUUUUAGUUUACUUAAGUAGCAGGUUAAGAGAGAACAGUUUCCUCUUUUGGACUAGUUUAUUCAAUUUUAUAAACCAAUUGGGAGAUGAAAAAGCAAAAAGGCUUAUUUUCCUCUUCUGAUGUAUUAAUAGAAAUGUGGUUGAAGAGAAUGAGAUCUAUUCUAAAAUAUUGAAAGACUUGGGUCAGUUUUGCAAAAUAAACUAGGUAUAAAAUAAUGCAGAGAUGCCCAUUGGUUUUUUCUAAAGUACUUACAAGAUUUUAAAUGGGAGUUAGGUAACUAACCUACUUCCAACAUUUUUUUUAAAAGCCCACUAAACAAGUAACUAACAUCUUCAGGGAUCCCAAUGCUUUUCCUUCUGGUCACGACAGGCUAGAUUUUAAUUCUGAAAUUCACUAACUACACUUAAUAUUUCCUUUGUUUAAUAAAUCAAGUAGAUUUUUUUAUAAUUUUUUUUGAUUAUGUACUGAAUCCAUAUAAGGUAAUAUUGCUGAAUUAAAGACCAUUUAAAAUAUAGGAUAUGGUACAUUUUAAUUGAAUUUCAAUUUACGUCCAAAUGUUGCAUGACCCAAAUCAUGAGUAAAAAUAUCUAGUAAAUAAGUACAACAUUUGUCAUUUCUAUUUCAGGGGUGGCACAGGCAGCUUCUGUAUGUUGGACAUUGCUGACUGGGGAGGGAUGGGCAAAACUGGCAAAUAGAGCAGGGAACAGAAAGAGCAUCAGCCUGGGCAGGGAGCACAGGGCAGGCAGCAGAAAACAGAGCAGCAGAUCGGGCAGGAAGCACAGGACAGGCAACAGACAGCAGAGUGGCAGAUUGAGUAAGGAAAAGAGAUCAGAGCUGCAUUUGGGGAGUGUGAGGCUAAUUUUUGGCACACCUGCCAAAAAGGUUGGCCUUUGUUUUCUAUUUAAUCAUUUACAUUUAAAAAUGUAGACCUGGGUGUCCAGAUACAUGAUGUUAAGCUUUAUAAUUGCUUAAGUAAAUUUGAACAGAUGUAGUAUGUCCUUUGGACAGCUAAAAUAAGCAUCAAAUGCAGUGGAAAGGCUUUAUUUGGUUGCAAAUCAGUGUGUUUUUUGUUUGUUUUUUAACUAUGCCUGAUACACUGGAGCCCUGAUCUGUGACUGAAGCUCUUGGGUAUCAUGGGUACAUAAACAAAUAAGUAAUACUGGUAUUAAUGUUUUAAUGGCUAUGUCAGGCAUUGAGAAUUAACUUUUCUGUAGGGAAAUAACUACAAAAGAGGAAAUGCCAAACAAGAUUAAAGUCAAUGAUUACAAUGAACUUUCCUGCUUCUUGAUUUAAAUCAUGAUUAAAAUCAAAGAUUUAAUUCAAUCAUCCCCUCUGUUCAAGUAGCUGGACAGAUUGAGUUGUGAGGAAGGCUUAAAAGGGUAGUUAUGUAGUGCCUGUGUAGCAUUAUCUGUAAGAGAUGAACCCCAGAGGGUAAGGGAAGGACUGACUAGGGGGGCUCUCAUCUGUUGUAGAAUGACAGGAACCACAAGAAAAUAUAGGCUGAGAAUGAAGGAAAAUGUCUUUACCAGAAAUUGCAAAGAGACUAGAAAUAAUGGAAGCCCUGUUGCUUAUGUCACUCAACCUGGCUUGGACUAAGCCUUAUAGAGAACACCAUGCCCAACGCAGCCUUUCACUGGGUUCUGGGUGUGAAUGGGCUAGGUACGACCUAACUGGGCUCUCAGCUUAAUUUCUGCCCCAAAGCUGUUCUUGCCCUUUGGAGAAGAAGGUCCAUGCCCUGGAAAGCUCUGUGUUUUUUGUUCUUCCCUCAGGUUUAUAACUGGGGAUUCUUGCAUGAAAAUAGUCUUACUUUCCUCAGAGCCCAUCUGCUCCCACUCCUCAUUCCCAGCGUACAGUUGUCACCUCUCUCUUCCUGAUGUUUGUCCUCAUCUUUGUUCUCAGCAAUAAUUAAUUGUGCUGUCACAGGCAGUGGGUGAAGGCUUCAGGUUGGGGUGCCCAGGGAAGAAAGCCCUGUGGGCAUUUGAUGCCAGAUGAGAGCUGGUCAUGUGUGAAGUGUGCUUCCCGGGUGGUGGCUGCAGGCUGUGUCAGUAGCAGAGUCAUUCUGCCUGCAGAUGUGCUUUUUACCUUUUCAUUUCUUCAGCAAUUAAGCCUCCUUGUCUCCGGCUUUGUCCUUGGCUGAGGUCAGAUCUGUGGGUAUGAAACGUGCAGUGAAGCAUCAUUCCUCUCUGAAAGGGGCUCUUUGUGCACAGGAAGGUACUUUACCCUUUGUAGCAAAUUUCCUUUUGAGAAGUGCCAAAUUAUCUUAGUCAACACAGUUGAAAACCCUCCUGCCCUGGGGCUGAGUCAGGAGUAAAAACAAAGAGCAGCCGGGUGUGGGGAAGUCACUGGACCAGGAGGCUUCUUCCCUUUUCACUGGACAAAUGGGUCUGCCUGAUUUCUAUUGUAAAAAUCAAAGGGGUUCCUGUAAAAGGCACAUGUAAGUGGAGGGGAUUAGGCAUAAAACACUCAGCAGGGCAUCUUCUCUUGGCUUCUGUAGAGAGGAGCCAUUCUCAGGAGGUAGAUGCUUCUGUCCCUUUGAAGAAGGACUCUCUGGGGUAGCUCAAUGGUUUAAAUCCAGCUGCAGGCCAGCAGUUAACUGAAAGUUAUUCUCAUGGGGCAGCCAUAGAAUGAGUUGGGGUGAGCAGGAAGGCAUACGUCCAUCUGGUUCUUAAUGCACAAGUGUCCACGUUUUGAAAACUCUCCCCAUGAUUUAUCAGACUCAACAGUUUCUUUAGGGAAGUAGGUGUGUGCUGGAACCAUUCCCCUUCCCCGCCCUCUUCCAUUCUGUGCAUUUUCUGGGGAGUCUUUUGUCUCUAGCCAUGUCAGUAGCUCCCCUUCACUGUCCCUAUGCUCUCCAUUUAGCAUGAGCACCUGCUAGCCUAGGACUAAGUGAACUCUUGGGAUCAGAGUCACUGGAUGGUUUUGAGAGGCAGGGCAGCAGCAGGCUGGACUGAGUGUCUGCAUUGUAGUCAGUACAGGGUGAAGCCUGCCUGUUUUCUUUAACAUCUGAGAUGUGUUUUGUUAGUCAACCUGGCUGCGCACUUUUCACCAACACUUUUUAAUGAAAAACGGCUCUGUGAUAGAACUAAAUGUUUUUGGUGAAAAAUUUCCAGUUUCAUUAAAAGUUUGGAGAUUUAAGCCACAAAAAGCGGGGGGGGGGGCGGUAUUCAGCAACUUUUUAAUCGAUUUUUCUUUUUCUUUGUUUUUAUAUGAAAACCAGAAAUUUUGUAAAGAAAAAUGCAAACAGCCAAAACUUCUAGUUUUGCUGUUGAGUGUUCACAAGGUUGGGGGGAGGGGAAAGAACCCUUGGAUUAUUGGCUGCUUUUCAAGGACCAGCUGUAAAAAUCAACCUGCAUGGGUUGUUUUGCUGAUGUUCUGUUCUUGCAAACUCCAUCGGUCUCAUGCAAGGAUUCUCAGCCAGGUUGCAAGAACACCCUGGGAUGUCAUGAGUUUCUUUUAAGGGUGCUACACAAUACUAGCACUGUUAGGUGUGCAAAUAUCUUGAUGAUCCACCAUAUUCACAAGAUAAAUUGAGGGAUUUCAAAGAGAAGUUCCGAGUGUCAAAAGCAUUCUGACCAUUGUGGUCUUUCUGAAUUCUCUGCAACAAAAGAAUUUCUCUAGUAUUUUUCUAUAAUCAAAAAAAACAAGUGAAAGCUAAGAGCUGGCAUUUUACAAAGAGAGUCUUGAUUCUAAUAGUGGGUGCCCUGAGUUGCAAAAGGUGGAGAACCACUGCUCUGUUGAAUUACUGGGUCUCACCAGUGGGUCAAUCACUGGGUCUCACUGGGUACACUACAUCUGAGGCUCAUACUUCCCUGUCCUGAGUGGCUCCUGGUGUGAAGGACAAACAGCACUUCCUGGGCAACUGAUUGUUUUAUUUAGUCUUCAGGAGAAGACAAAGCUUUGAAGGGAACAAAAUACUGUAGAUUUCCCCUAAAGUAUGGCUCUGUUCUGCUGGCCUCCAUACCCAAUGUUGCAGAAGGGCUGGAUAAAGUCAGCCUGAGCUGGGAAGAGGAGAGCUGUGAUCUGUGUGUUUAUUCUGGCUAGGGUGAGCUGACCUAAGGCUUUGUUUGGAGUAGGAAGGACUUAAGACCUGGAGUUAACCUGUGAACAUGUGCUACAAGUAGUCAGUGUGCUAGAGGCAGUAUCUUUUAUUACACUAACUAGACAGUUGCAAAAAAAAUUGUAUUCUUAGGCCAACACAGUUAAAACCUGUAUCCCUGAAACAUGUGCUAUGGCACACGAUUGAAAGUCCAGUGUAGAAAAGCAUGUCAGCCAGCAUGGUGUGGCUGAAAGUGCAUGCUGCCUUAUCUACACCAGACUUUUCGAAGGCAGUUAAGUAGUGAGCAUGUGCUAGCUGUCAUGUGCCAACACCACAUUUCUGAGUCGUACACCAGACUCAGUUCUAACACUUUACAGAACUGAGUGCAGACAGGCUGGUGCAGGCUUUUAACACCUUGGAACUGGUUGUUUUGAAGCCUAGUAGGGGGCCGCAGGAUAGAGCACAAAUGUUUGCGAAAUAGAGGGUGCAAACAUGUGAACACUGGGAGCAAGCAGCAGAAGGCCCCAGGGGUCGUACAGUGAGGAGAAAUGAGUGUUUCAAACUCUCCUAAUUACCCCUGCUGUGCCAUUACCUUGCCGUUCCCUUCUCUUCCCCCUGCAUUGGUUGUUACUCAGCCCUCUCUCAUUGCAGCAGAGCCUGAGAGCUGGUGUUAACUCUGCUUUGCUUCUUUUAGUAUGUUAGUAAAUAGCACUUCCCCCUCCUCUUCCCCUCUGUCUUCAGUUGUAGGUUCCCAGGGCACAGGCAGCUUCCUUGCUUAUAACCUAGAAGACACCAGGUGCAGAGCUGUGUGUAAUGUCUUCAGUGCAAUGAGAUUUUGCACAGAUGUCUUAAGCUCACAUCUGCUCUCCCACCCCUUUUUCCUCCUCCUCCCUGCCUGUUCCGAGAGAGGCUCCCAGAGAGGCUGUAGUGGUAUUACAGAUCUAAGCUGGCUGCUCCUUAAAUACAGAACACCUGGAAGCUUAUGGAAGGAAGCAGCCGGUUCUCCUUUCCCAGUAUGUGUAAGUGGGGUGUCCUGUGGGAUUCUUGGAUGGAACUUGAUGUUGGGAUGCGCUGCCCAACUGGAAUGGGGGUGGUAGCAUUGUGGUAUUUGCAGCUGCACUUCAGCAUCAAAUCACUGCAAAGGAUUGUGGCAAGGGUUUGCCUCCUCCCCUCUCCUCCCUGCAUGACUAAGGGGCUCACACUUGGUGAACACAAGUUUGUGUCUUGGAAAUUCUCGCUCUUCUAUUUCUAGGUUUCUCUGCAUUCAGAAAGCAGGUUAACUGCAAGCAUUGCUGAGGAGAGAAGCUGUUAAGAGGCUGGAAACCCUCUAACCUCCAUUAUAACGUUGUUUUAAAGGGAAACUCCUUCUACAAGGGAAGGGAGCUUGUGGGGGAAAUGAGGUCUUAUGGGCAGCAUUAAUUUCCCUGGUGAUAUGUCCGUGACAUCCUUUUGCACUUACUUAUGCCUGGUUUUCUUUGCAUCUGUAAGUAAUGUUUCAGGGGACCAGAUGAGUGAGUGAGCCCUAAAGUAGGGGAAGGGUGCUAUUAAAAAGGGGGGUUGCAAAAUUGGCUAUGAAUAGAAAUGCUUUUGUUCUGCUAUUUUGACUGACAUAUGAGAGAGAGAAUCAAAAGUUUAGCAGAAAAUUUGAAGUCUCUCUUGCUACCUCCCUGCAGUCCUGGUCCAUAGCUGAUUUGAGCUGGUACAGCUGGGAGUGGUACAGGGCAGGGAACAGGCUGCCUCCUAGGGAUUCUCUAGGUUCCAGUCUGGGUUCCAGUCUCUGAAACAAAUAACAGCAACUCCUAGGGCUGCCUAAUUUACAGUUGCCUGCCAGUGGCACUCCUGGAUUCAGAAUAGCUGGAGCACUGCGCACUCUAGCCACAUGCCUUUCUAGUCCCUGGCAAAUCCCACCCCUGUUCUGGUAGCCCUGUCCUUCCUGGGGGAGCCUCCUGUGUCCAAGGGGGAUUCCUUUAUGCUUCUUUCCACCAGCUUCAUGGCUGUACCUGAUGAUAUGAUCUGUGGCUGGGGCCAUGUAUACCCAGAACAGGGUUUUGUCUGCGAAGCAUUUGGUAUGUUUUGGGCGUGAUAUAAUAAAGUGUAAAAUAUCAAUGAUAAGUCCUGCUGGGAGGGAUGGUGUUUUAUUUAUAUUUCUUACUUUAGAAAUAACAAUUCAGCUUCCCAACCUCCAUGUGAAACAACUUGGGAUUAAUCUCUCCAUUUUGUAUCCAGAGCUCAGAGGAGAAAAAUGACUUGCUCUGAGUCAUGAAGGGGAUCAGAGAUUGUGCAGGAGCAAGGGAAUCGGGGAAAGUGGGUUCUGUCUUGGGUCUCUACCACAGAUUUUCUUGGUGAUCUUGAGCAGGUCACAUAACCCCUGCUAUCCUCAGUUUUCCCUGUGUAAAACGCAAUGUGAGGAUUAAUGAAUUGCUUUUCAGGAGGCACUUGGAUAUUGUUACGGUUGUCACAGAAUUCUAUGAAUAAAUUAAAUGCAUGUAAAAAAAAUAUAUAUAUAUAUAUAAAAGGAGCCACUGACUCCUCCUACUUAAGCCAGAGGUGUAACAAGCAGUUUCUGUGCCCCAGAUGGUGGCUGAGAAAGCAGCAGCUACUGCCAUUCUUGCAGCCCUUCAGAGUCUGUGACCAGGGCUGGUGUCCUGCUCACCCUUCCUCCCCCACCCCACUGAUUUAGACCCUGCACUGCUAGGAAGAGUUGCAAAGGCCUGCUCUCUAACUGGGGAGACCCCACAGCACAUGCAAAGCUUAAUGCAGCUAUACAUCCCUCCUGAGCCUUGGACUGAAGGCCAAACCAAAGGGAAGUAAUGGGGGAGCAGGUCAUCACUUAGGCUAAAUUAUGCUGGGGGCCAUUUUGGCUGGAGGCAUAGCAGAGUAGCUGUAUGCCUUAGGCAGCUUCAGGACACAGGGAGAGCGCUGUUCCCCCCGCUACAGGCAGCACCUGGGGCUGCUGCCCUAGUCACCCUCCCUCAGUUAUGCUUUUGCCCUCUGGAGUUGAGUGUAUGUGGGAAGGCAUAAAGAUGACUGUAGCUUUCUGAGAUUUUAACCUGUUGCUUCUGGUCCUGCACUGACUGGCCAACUAAGCUUGAAGCAACCCUAGGAAAGCAUCCUUGAAAGAGCUUCAUUUAAUCACAGGUGGUGGAGCCUAGUCCCUGAGGACUUAACCAUACCCAAAACAACCGGGAUCUGAAGAACAAAGCUGCAUCCCAGUGACUCUGUCGCAUUCACAUCAACCUGGGGCAGUGGAGCAAUUUUCCUGAGAACAGUUCUGAUAGAUCAUGGGUUGUCAGGGGAGUCACCAAUACAGACUGGGCACUCCUGUUAACAGGAGGUGGUUCCGGUGUAGUUAACACUUGCCCAUGAGAUGAUGAGGUGCCCUGGUAGCAAUCCUGCUCUCCCCACUACAAGGCAAGGAGAGGCUGGGUGACUCCCAUGGAUUCUUUCUGUGCAGGGUGGAGAAUUGCUGUAAAUGUAGGUGGAGAAUUGCUGUGAACGUAGCUAGCCGCAGCAGUCAGUUCCCCAAAACAGAUUUGGACUUAAAGUGCCUAAGAAUGGAUAGAAGCACAUCAAAUAUUUUUAUGUGCUCUUAGUUCUCCUUCAAAAGGUGUCACACCUGCAGCUGUAAAAGUGAUGGCUCUGUGGGUAGCCUUGUCCCUUGGCCUUGUGCUCCCCCUCCCACCACAUCCCCUUAGCACCUGCAGAACCUGGCUUCAGAAGGCCAGCAUGCAACUUAGGGAGGAGCAGGCUGGAUUCCCAGUCUGAGCUGAAUUUUCAACUCCUUGUUUGUUGUGGGUUCUGCUCAUGCUGAGAAGUGUCUGUGGCUUGUAGCUUAUGACAUUUGAUGGUAGCUCAUGGAAGGAAGGCUGGGAUUACAAAACUCAUUGCUGCCACUGAGGGAUGAGUCUGCAGCUUGGCCCCAUUACUGGCUUUUCCCAGUGCAUCCAAAGUCAUACAUUUGGAUCAGGGCAGCAGAAAUACCUCGCAUUCUAUUGCCUGCUGUGCUGUCCCCUCAUUAUUCUUAUUGCAACACAUUGCAGCAGAUUAAGGAGCUGGAAAGAUUCUUUGAUCUGCUUUCUCUUUUUUCUUUUCUUGGGGAAAAAAAACACAGUCCAGACAGCUUUGCGUGAGCUAUGAACCAUCAUGCAUGCACGCACGUAUGUGUGUGUGUAGGAAGGGCACUUGUUUUACUUUAUUUUUUCUUUUAAUUUUUUCUUUUCUUUGUAUAAGAUGAAAUGCUAAAGCAGGGGCAGCUGCUGGGGGAUAUGGUAGACAAGCUAACAAAUGUAUACCAUUAGCUGAAACAAGUUAAUGGUUACUAAAGUACAUGGGCUUUAUAGCUGGAACAAGUUAACAGCAACUCAGUCUGAUGCAUUAAGAGCUUAUGUGUAUUACAGCUUGACUCUGUUAACAGAAAACAUGUGCCCAAGUGACAGAAUGAGCCAGAGAGCAAGUGGGUAGGCACGUUUAUCUCUCAGUAAAGGAGACCUGGCUGUAUGUAGCUGGUGCUAUGUACUCUGAUGGUAGGAGUCCACAGGCCAGAUGAAUGGAUCAGACCUGUGAACCCCUCCACCCCCCUGCAUGCUGUACUUGGCGCAUGCAGUGCCCUCUCCAACCAGUCCAGGACUGCAGGGCUGAUCCAGGACAGGUGCCUCACGGGGGGCCUGCUCCCACCAGUCAGGGACUUGGUGGGAGGAAGCCCAGCGUCCCGGGCGCUUGGCUACUGCUGUGGGAACAAGCUGCAGCAUCAGGCUUCUUCCCAAAGUACUUCUAGGACUUCACUGCUUCUGCUUUUGCUCAGGUGCUUGCCAGCCAAGCAAGGGUUAGCCAUGGUGCUGGAGCUCCAACAGUACCAUGGGAAGAAGCCCGCUAUCACGGACACUUACCUGCUGCCACAGGAACAAGCGUGGUGUCAGGCUUAUUCCUGCAAUACUUCUGGGGCUCUUGCAGUACUAUGGCUCUUGCCCAGGCACUUGCCUGCCACUGUGGGAAAAUCUCCAACUGUAGCCAGGGUCAGGGCACUCUGCAGCCCACACCCAGAUGAGCUAACUUCAUGGGUCAUGUGUUUGAUGUCCUGAAGCUACAUGAUGUUGUAACUUAACUGUGAGCAGAGUCAGUGUUACCAUGUCACUUUACAGUUAGGGAAGCUGAAGGCAGAUCUGACUUGCCCAGGUUCCCAGUGUUGGCUAGCUGUCCUAUGCUCAGACUGCACUGUUGAGGGGAAUAUAAUGAUACAGAAAGAAGAUAGUCCAUGAGUGUCUGAGAUCUCUGACACUUAACAGGAUGGGAUCUUGAUGAUCUCUUAGUAGGCACACUAGGGAAGCACUUGCCAAACCAAAGUUGCUACCUCCUGAAAGUGGAAAUUUGCCAACCAAACCUCCAAAAAGUCAUUAGGUUUUGGUAGGAACACUUUCUAAAGUCAUUAAAAAAAUAACCAGAUAAUUUCCAAGCAUCACACAUAGUACAAUGAUAUAGGACCUUCAGUACAGACAUUUUGUCACUAGGAGCCCCAAAUGGUCACUAACAAUCCAAUCAAAGUCACUAGAUCUAGUGACAAAAUUGCUAGGUUGGCAACACUGAAGCAUAUCUCUGGUCUUCUUACUGUUUGCUUACUAUAGUUUAGAUCUGUGGUUCUCAACCUUUUUAGACUAAAGGCACUCUUUGGCAUUCUCAUUUAAGGCAUCCCUUGGAAAAUGCCAGCCACACCGCCCCCCCCCCUUUUUUUUUUUUUAUUAUUGACUUAUCCAAGCAGUUUUUCAGUUGCAAAGAACUCAGAAAGACCACAGCAGGUCAGAAUGAUUUUAACAUUCUGGAUUCCUAUCCACAGUGUCUGGGUUUAUCUUAUGAUCUAGCCAAUUGCCCAUCAAGAAUGACCGGGGGACGGGGAUGACGACAAUACAGCAGUUUGCAUCCCUUCCCCCCCACCCCUUCAGUUCGUAACCCCCCUCCCCUUCCAGCUCCCCUCCCUCCCCUGUUCCCUGCUAUCUCCCCUCCAUACCAGCUGUUGUUGGGGGGGGGGGGGGUGCCGACCCCUGGCUCCAAGGAGCAGACCUGGGGGGCAAGGCCAGUGCUGUUGGCCUCGCCCCCUCCCCCCCCCACUCCAUCACCUCUGUGAUGCCAGCGCUCCAGUCCUGUCAUCCCCCUCUGGCCUCACCCCCCUCCCCUCCAGCGCCUCAGUCCCCACUGUCAUGAGGGUGCUCUGCUAUCUGUCCAUUUGUGUAGGGCACAAAUUGCCAAGACAGCCAAUCAGAGUGCAAAUAAAGCAUUACAGACAGACAGACAGACAGGCUUUUAUAAUAUUAGAAUCAUGUGUGCUCACCUAACAGUGCCAAUGUUGUGCAGCACCCUGAAUCACCUCUGAAAGAAUCUCAAGGCACCCUGGGAACCGUGGCAUCCUGGUUGAGAAUUGCUAGUUUAGAUCAGGGGUGCUCAGCCUCCAGCCCACGGGCCGUAUCCAGCCUGCAGGAAUCUCCACAGUUGAAAGGGAUUGGCAGCUGGGGAGCAGUGAAACUGCCAUGCGGUAGGGUCCAGCCAUGCCUAGGACACUGCUGUGCAGUGGAAUCAGAGCCAGGCCUGCCCACUGUGUAUUUGGAUUGAACCAGGCUUCUCCCUUACCCCCCUGCCCCCAAACUUCUGAAUUGGGGCCCCCAGCCAUCUAGAUCAGGGCCAGGUUGCUCUCUGCCUGUCCCCCAUGCAUCUAAAUUAGGGCCACUCAGCCCCUCCCUGCCCCAUGCAUCCAGAUCAGGUCUGGGCUCCCCACAAGUGCAUCUGGAUUGGGGCCACUCUGCCUCUGCCCCAGUGUGUUCAGAUUGGGGCUGUUCUGCCCUACUCGCCAGCCCCCCCCCCCGCCCCCCCAACCACCUGCCCCACUUCUGGAUCAAAGCUGGGUUGCUCCCCUGUCCUUCCACCUGUCUGGAACCAGGUGACCCUCCACCCUGCACCCCCUGGUGAUCAGAUCAGGGAUGGUCUGCAUACUCCCUGCCCCACCCCCAAGGCCAAAUGGGGCCCUACCACACCCAUACUGCCUAUCUGGCCCACAGUGAACAGAUCGGUCACCACUGACUGGGAGGUGGCAAUUACGUUACCCAGCAUGCACAGGGGCAUGAGCUGUCCGGGCUGUGCACGGCUGCACCUGGCAUCAGUGGUUCAUAUUCUGUGGUCCACAUUAGCCAGCCAUGGGCCUUGGCCGGUGGUACCCUGCAACCAGGGGGAGCCCAGCACACCCACCUGUGACUGCCACAGAAGCAGUGCCCUGUGCAGGGGGGUAAGCCAGGCUGGGUGCUUACAUGGGAUCUGGAGCCAGGCCCACAAAGAAGCUGGCAGCCCCCUCUGCCAGGAUCAGGGGCUAGGAAGCAUGCAAGACCUAGACACUUAGGGCAUUUCAAGUGAAAGCAGGGACAGGAAUGGGGAGCAAAGGGCAACAACAGGGGCUCCAAGGGGGGAUGCUGGAGCAGAACAUACUGGCUAGUACACCCAUAGCCCCUACAAGGAGCCAGUGGACUGCACCAGUGGAGGUCUGGCUGGAGACAUAAGCAGUUGAGGGACAGGAAGGCUGCCCUGCUGUCACUGGGGGCCCCCAGCCUGGGCCUCCUUUGUGGUCAGGUAGAUGGUCAGACCCUGGGUGAUAUCUAGGCCAAGGCCUGGGGGCAGGAAUGGCUGGGGUGCUCGCAGCUUAUGGUGCCAGGGGAAGGAAGACAUGGGCUUGUGCUUGGUUGCAUGGGUGGUGAUGGCCUGUGCUGGGGAGAAAUGCCAGAAAGCAGGUGAAAUGUGCAACAAGAGGGUGAAGACCAGUCGGAAACAGAGACUAGAGGUGACAUUGUGGAGCUAUGGCCCAAGCUAUGGGAACACAUCUUGGGUACCUCCUACAAGUGCAAACAGUGGGUAAUAAAAUCAAAGGGGGUUGGACUCGAUGAUCUUUCAAGGUCCCUUCCAGCCCUUAAUUUCUAUGAUUUCUAUGAUUCACUGGUUUAGAUUGUGGCUCCCAAAGGCUGCAAUCAGGGUGGUACCUCUUUAUGUGUUAGACAGUGUUCAGAUACCUACACAGGCAUAAAAUGAUAUGGAAAAAAGUCUCAUGCUUUGAAAAAAAAUUAUUUUUAGUGUGUGCUUGGAUAAUUCAUACCUGGGUUCUUUGCUUGAUAUGUGUUGCAUGACACGCUGAUAAAAGCCCAGGUGAAUGAGAUGCACUGAGUACCUGAGAGUGUGAGAGAGAGCUUGUGGGAAAUAACUGGUGAAAAACUUGCACAGAAUCUCAAGUAAAUGAGUGGGUGGAAGGAAUAUAAUAUGUUUGUUGCUUGUUUUUGCAUACUUUUCAAAUUAAGAUAUUAACAUAUUUUAAAAAUGAGUUUAAUGAUUUUAUCAGAAGCAAUUACACUAAGGAAACUUGUUUAAAAAGCAGCAGUGAUUUAAUAACUAGCUUAUUGUGGGAUACUGAGAAACAACCAACAAGGCUUUGUUGAGAGGAGGACAUGCUUGACAAACCUGGUGUCCUUUUAUGACCAGGUAACUAACCAGCUGGACAUGGGACAGGAGCUGGGCUUCAUCUACCUAGAUUUCAGCAAGGCCUUUGAUACUGUCUCUCAUGAAAUCCUCUCAAUUAAGUUGGAGAAUACUGGCCUAGACCAGGCUACAGUGAGGUAGGUUAGCAACUGAUCCCAGCAAGUGGUAAUUGAUGGGAUGGCUUCAUCCUGGAGGGCUGUCUCCAUUGGUGUCCCCCAGGGAUCAGUGUUUGUACCCAUGCUCUUUAACAUCUUUAUCAAUGACCUGGAUGAGAGAGUGAAAAGUGCAAUGAUUAAAUUUGAAGAUGAUACCAAGCUGUGGGGACAAGCAGGCACAUCCAAGGACAGGACAUGGAUCCAGGACAACCUUGACAGCUAGUCCUAUGGUCUGAAUGCAAUCAGAUGAGGUUCAACAGGGACAAGUGCCAGGUCUUACAUCUGGGUAGGAAGAACCAUCACCAUAUCUACAUGAUGGGUGGCAGUCCAUUGGCUGGCACUGCAUCCGAAACAGACCCGGGGUGAAAAUUGACCAGAGAAUGAAUAUGAGCCACCAGUGUGACGAAGUUUCCAACAGAGCAAAUAGGACUCUGGCGUGCGUCAGCAGAUGUGUUGCCGAUAGAUCCAGAGAGGUGCUCUUCCCCCUCUAUUUGGCAUUGGUAAGGCCGCAGCUGGAGUACUGUGUCCAAUUCUGGGCACCACACUUCAAGAAGGAUGUGGACAAGCUCAAAAGGGUGCAGAGAAGGGCCACCCACAUGAUCAAGGGCCUGGAAGAUAUGAGAGAGACUUCGGAAUCUGGGUUUGUUCAGUCUGAGUAAAAGAAGCCAGAGGGGUGACUUGAUAGCUACCUACAAAUAUGUCAAGGGAGAGCAACUUUUCAGAAAAGCACCCCCUGGGAGGAUGAGGUCCAAUGGGCACAAGCUAAUUGAGGAGAAGUUUAGGCUAGAUGUAAGGAAAAUCUUUUUUUCCACAUGGAUGACUAGAAUCUGGAACACACUUCCAGCGGAGAUAAUGCAGUCACCAUCCCCGGCAGUGUUCAAGAGGAUCUGGACAAGCACCUCAGUGAGCAUGUUUGAGCCCAGUUAGCUCCUGCCCAUGGUAGGGGACUAGACUUGAUGAUCUUACAAGUCCCUUCCGGUCCUUCUUUCUGUGAUUCUAUGAUUAUACAAGACAGGGCUACACAGGUCUAUGGCAAAUUCCCCCUUCCUUGCAGUGUUAGCUCAAAGCAUAAAUUGAAUGUUGCCUCUAGCUCAAAUUCAGUGGUACUAUAAACAAGAGCUAUCUGACCUGUUUUUGUGAGGGGUGGGAGGCAGUGAAAUUUGGGUGCUGUUGAUGCUUUAGCUUGUAUUGCAGUGGGGAUACACCUCUUCCAGUCAUGCUAUCAUAGUGUCUUUGAUGGUUGUGACAUCAGGACCCAAAUCAAACUUCUCAUCUACCAGGCUGUUGUCAUCCUUAUCCUGUUGUAUGGGUGUGAAACCUGGAAAAAAUUUCAGAAACACCUAAAAACUUAUGUUAUUAUCAGAGAUGUCUUUAGAAAAUCCUUCUUAUCAAUUGGAAGAACAAACUAUGUUCUGGCUCAAACAACAAACACCUACCAGCAUAAAAGCCAGCUCUGUUGGACAGAACAUGUCAUAAAGAUGCCUGACAAUUGACUCCUGAAACAGGUCCUAUAUCCAGCUCGCCAAUGGUCACUGCUCUGGAGGUUGGCAAAAGAAGAGAUUCAAGGAUACCUUGAUGGUCAAUCUGAAGAAAUGCUAUAUUAACAUCAAUACCUAGGAGACUGGAGCACUGAAUUGUUCCCAGUGGCACCAUGAAGGUCAAUUCAUUGUCAUACUUUUUGAGCAAACUCAUUUUGCUAUGGAGGGAGAUAGGCAAAAGAGGCAAAGAGAAAGAGCUGUGACCUGACAUCACCAGCAUCCACUCCUUCCUGGAACUGUUUGCCAUGUCUGCAAUCAAACACACAGAUCUUGGAUUGGCCUUUUCAGUCAUCUCUGGAUUCACCCAUGGCGUCCUUAUCUAUUGGAAGACUGUUAUUCUCAUUGCUGGACUGGGACUGCUGCCACUGCAGACAAUGACUGUAGUAGGGGGUGCAGCUAUUCCAGUCAUACUGUGUUGAUUUGUAGCGUGAACUGCGUGUGUUGAUUUGCAGUGUGAAUGCUCUCACUCCAGUAAGACUGACUCAAAAGGAGUUCAUUUGAAUAUACAUUACUAAACUAAACUGAAGUAAAGAAUCUGGGAUACAGCUUAAUGUAUGUGGUGAGAGAGUAUCAUCAAAGUGGAUGUCAGAGAUCACUCUUUUGAAAUGUAGUUUGACAAAAACCAUGUAACAUUGACAAUGUUCAGUGCAGAACUAGGUACUGAAGAGAAUUUUGAAGUGGAAAAGCUAUUUCUAUUAGCACUGCAGGAGUUAAUUUGCUACCUGUUGAUGUAUGCUGUAGCAGGAAGGAUUGGUUUAGCAGUAUCUUCACCUUUCAAACUGUCAUGGGAUUUUUCAAAUUAUCUCAUUACUAGUUGUCAAGUUUCCUUAAUAUACAAAACUUUUGUAGAAUCUUGAAGUAGUAAACUAUUUUAAGACCAGAAGGAGCCAUCAGAUUGUCUCAUCUGACCUGCUGCAUAGCACACACUGAAUUUUACUCAGUGACCCCCUGUGUUGAGCCUAAUAACUUGUGCCGGACAGAAGCAUGUCUUGUAGGAAGGCAUCUACUUCUUGUUUUAAGGAUAUCAAGAAUCAGGGAAUCCUCCUCUUCCUCUGGUAAUUUGUCUUAAUUUUUAAUCCCCUCACUGCUUAAAAAAAGUGAGCCUUAUUUCUAAAUUACAUUUCUUUGGCUUUAACUUUAAUCCAUUAACUUUCUCUGCAUUUCUCCACUAGAUUAAAGAGCCUUUUCUUUCUUAGUAGUUUCUCCCAAUAAAGCAUUGGGUAAUCCGGUCAGCUCUUGAUCCUCUUUUUGAAUCACCAGAAGAUGUUUUUUCCAGCCCUCACAGUAUUUUUGUAGCUGUUGUCUGCACCCUGUCCAAUUUUUCAAGUUUUCUCAUCCAAGUUUGACAGGGACACAUGAACUAGAAAUCCCAAGGAAAAUAACUUUUUAGCAAAUAGAGAAAAGGUGUCCAGUAUUAUCAUCAGGACUGCAAAGCAAGCAGAGUGCUGAUGUGAAUUGCUGUUGAAUUCCCAUCAUCUGAUAACGGAUCUAAGUUUGUGGCCAGAAAUUAUUCCUAAUUAGGCAGUCCUACAUGCAGUGAAAGCAGGGGGUUAUUGAUGAAAGAUUCCUGGAAUAGCAUGAAAGCUGGUCUGGCCAGAUUGUGUGUUGCUUAACAAGUUAGUAGAAUAGCUGACAUGAAAUAUAGCCUUACAUUUACACAUACUUGUUGCAAAUGGAAAUGACUUACACUUUCCACUGUGGUGCACCAAAUAUCCCCUUAGAUUUCAGUCCCCAUAUCUUUGUUCUGAGCUGUAGUUCACUAACUGUGGAUUGAAGGAUGAACUAGAAUGUGGAGACGAAUUGUCCAGGAUUAUUGCUGAGCCUGGGAUUUUGCUUGAUGCCUGCUACUUUCAGAGAAAGAACAAAACUGGAAAGCACUCUUGACACAGUAAGGAGGCCAGUCCAAUAUCUGUUCUUGAAAUGUAUUGAUCCAGUAAAAGAGAAGGGUCAUGUUCAUUUACUUUUCAGUUUUCUGUCAGGUAUGUAACAGUUUGUUGAUGGACAGUUUGAUCUCAAGAGGAAGAGGAAAUGUGAAUAGUUUAUAAGGAUACACUGUUCAGUAGAUAGCAAGCCAGGCCAUUCAAAAGAAGUGUUUAUAUUGUCUUAUUUGGCAGGGUGGGGAUGUUUAAUUCUCACACUGGAAAGGCUAAGCCGUCUUUUUUUUCUUUGAUGACUGCAUUUUAACAGAUUUAUUCCAGGCAAGUUUCUAUGGAAGAAAAACAAGCUUUACCCAGGAGUUGGAUUGAAAACAAAAUGGAUGUUAGUUGAAUUGGCUAUGUAGGUCUGGGGAGGUUGUCAUAAUUAAAAGGUUCCUCUGCAAUGAAAAGGUAAGUUUUUGCCAUCUGGUGAAGUCAUGCUGUAUUUUGGAUAGUAAAAGGAGGAGGAAUCUGCUGUAUGGAAGAGUUGGUCUACCAGGAGUCUCCACAUUGGACAACAAAUGCGUAGGGUAGGCAUAUCAGUUGGAAUUUUUUGGGCAAGAUGCUGUGCUGAAACUUAGCCAGGAUGGAUUGCUGCUUAUCUCUGUAUGCUUAUUUUGAACUCGGAGAAGCUCACAGCUUAAGUGCAUUGUGGAAUUGCAGGAGAGAUGUAUUGGAUGGGGUGAUAAUUUUUUUUUAACGAAUUAUUGGCAAGUUAUAGAAAUAGUGUAGACCUAAAAUAGACCUAUUUUAAUUCCUAAAAUCUUAGCCUCUUGGCCUGUUGGCAUUGCCAGCAGCUCAGUGGGCAUUACAUGAGGGAGAGGGAACAGUUAGGAGUGUCCCUUUCUAGCUACUUACUAAAGAUUGAAGGUAAGGGACUGUGCAGUAUGGACUGGGGUGGAGGCAUGGGAGAUGCUGUGGGCUGAAUAGCAAAGGAAUUGGGUUUUGAACUAGAGUUAGUGAUUUGCCCAUCAAGAAUGACCCGAGUGGGGGGCAAGCAGGGACGGGAAGCUUGCUAACCCUAAACCCCUCCUGCGCUGUCUCCUGUCCACCAUAAUGCUCCUGAAAUACUUUGAUUGGUUGUUUCAGUAGCCAAUCAGAAUGCUCCAUGAGUGUUAGGGACAGACAGACAGAUGGACUAAGCCCUUUAUUAUAUUAGAAUGAUCUCAUGGUGAGCCUGUUCAUUGGAUCAGCUUCUGCUUGAUGGUCCCCCAAGAACACAAUCUUUGGACAUUCAUUAUAAAUAUCCUUUUAGGCCCUCAUGAUUUCAGAGAACUUGACAAUUCAGAGCUGGAUGAUGGAUUUCUUAUAUCUGGCAAUCUCCCAGCUCAUCAGCUCUUCCAGAUCUCCUGCCAUAGGUUUAUGGUCCCCUAGGGGAACCAGAAUCUGAAUGUCGUCAGUUCAUAAGAUCAUAAAAUCAGACCCAGGCAGCAUUGUCCAGGUGAUAGAAGACUGAAGCGGGAGUCAGGAGACCCAGAGUCUGCUUCAGCCUGUGUUACUGGCUUGCUCAGUGAUCUUUCUUAAGUGUCUUUCUUAGAAUGUGCCUUAGUUUCCACGUAUGUAAAAUUAGGAUAUUAUUACUUGCUCCCCUGGCCUCAGUACACUGAGACCUACAGGUGAAAGCCGCUGUAAAAAUGUGCAGUAUCAUAAUAUUUUAUUGACACUGCUCAAAGUUAGCUUUUGCCUGUAAGAUAACUCAAGGUUGAAUGCAUUGUUUGGUGUAAAUUUAAUGCUAAGUAAAUAUGUUGAUGGAGAGGCUCUGUUAGUCCAUAGCCAGGCUCUAUUUCCAUUGCACUGCUCUUUCCUUUGUACCUCAGCCUGUUCUACAGGAUAAGAGAGAGUUCAGUUCUGAUGGCCUGUUCAGACUUUGACCCCUGCUGCAAGGGAACUAACGAAGGCUCAAACCUUUUGCAUUUAUUGGUAAAACAAGGGAGAUUGACAAACCCAUAGCCAAGUUUCUGGGCUUGUACAGCUCUCCAUGGCUGGGAAGUUUUAGGAGGGAGGUGGCCUGACGACCAGGUUUUGGAGUACUCUGCAGGGAUCUAAACUAACUGCCCUUUCUGUUUUGAACCCCAAACUGAGGAUAUUCACUACAUGUUGAUUGGCACAGAUGAAAAUGCUCCAUGAAUCUCUGACGGCAAAACUAACCUCCAUCCCAUGCAAGGUCCAUGGUCCUAAUCUGCUUUUAGCAGACUUGAAUCACUCAAGUCCAGCUUUGGGAAUACAGAACCCACCUAUUCUGCCUUUCUUCCUGCCUUUUUCCCACAAGGGGUGAUCAGAUCAGAGAGGUGUACAGUCCCCAACCAGUAUCUCAGAGAAAAUAGGCUUAAACUGGAGUUGAGAGAGGCAGUUAGCUGUGUUAGUGUUAAAUCAAGCAGAAAGGGUAGAGAUGCACCUUAUAGACUAACUGAAUCAGAGAUGUCUAAGCUUCCAUGAACAGGAGCUAACUUCAUCAAAAUGCUACUGGAGCUAUUAGCUCAGCAGUAGCUGAGUCAGACCAACCUAAACAAAAUUCUGGUUCACAUUGCCCAGACUUGCUGCUCUCCCUUUUUUGUGGAGGGAUGGUGAGGAGCUCUCCCCCCAUAGAAAGUAGUACGAGACCAUUCCCCCUGAACUCACCUCUGCCCUGUAUUUAGGGACCCUUUUGGAAAAAGCUGACACAAUCCCUUCACCACAGCUAGCUCUACUCUGAUAAACAGCAAAGGGACCAGUAGUGUCCCCCUGCUGCUCCCUUCCUUUCCCAGGGGAGAAAGAGACAGGCAGCAAACCUUUGAUGUGCAGGCAUGGGCCUAGCUGACAUGCCCUGUGUGUUCAUGUGAGCCUGGCCUGGCUCCAGCUCCCUUUGAAGUGCUCCAGUGAUCAGGAUGAAAGGGAAAGGAGUCCCUCCCCAAAACAUCUGGCCCUAAUUGCAGGUACAAGUGUCUCUGCAUCCCUGGUGAGAAGAGGAACUUCUGCCUUUUCCUUAAUCCUGCAACUACCAGGAAGGAAGGGCUUAGGGUGGUGAGACAGGAGAGGACUAGGACACAAAAGGGGGUGUAGGGUAGACACCAGUAAAUACCUAGUGACUGUGAGGUGCACUAGAGAAGUGGUUCUCAACCUCGUUAGACUCAAGGCACCCAUUUGGAGAAUGCCAGCUCCUAGCUUUCACUCUUUUUUUUUACUACAGAAAAAUACUAGAAUAAUUCUUCUAUUGCAGAGAACUCAGAAAGGCCACAGUAGAUCAAAAUAGGUUUUGCAACUCUGGAUUCCUGCUUGAAAUCUCUGGGUUUAUCUUGUGAAUCAUGAGGAGGUGUUUAUGCACCUAACAGUGCUCAUAUUUUUUGACACCUUGGAAAAGAUAUCAUGGCACUCCAGGGAGCCAUAGCCCCUUGGUUGAGAAUCAUUGCACUAGAGCAUGAAAUUGGAUGAAAGUGAGAGCUGUAUUGCUUAACGCAUUGGAUCCUAGAACAGUGAAGUGUCUUUCUUUGGGAACCUCCCUGCUAUGGGUGAGCAAGGGCUACAUUGCAGAGGGCUGGAUAGCUUUUCCCAGCUCUGAUGUCUCAGGUGUACUAAAGUUUGCAGUUCCUUUGACUCCCCCUCCUCCCCCCUCCUUAAUACCAGUGUGGGUCAAAUGCUGAAAUUAGUAAUGUAGGAAUCUAGCUUAAGAGCUUCCUUUUGAAGGAAUUUGUCCUGCCUGUGUCCAAGUCCACCCUAGCCCAUCCUGCCUGUCCACCCUAGUUCAUCAGGCUGCAUAGAAAUGGCACUUGCACAGCUGUUUCUUGCUGCAUCCCCAGACAAGAGCAGGAAUACAGAGAGAAGCAAGGUUUGGUGUGCUGUAGAACAGAUAAGAACAUCAAAAAAAGUCAGAUCAACUCAUUAAACAGCUCAGUUGUGACACAGCGCCAUUUACAAGUAGUGUUGUGUCAUAGUCUGCUACAGAGGAAGGCAUAAUUAGCCAUUUUCUAUUAUGUAAAGAAAUGUAAAAUGUAGCCAUCUAUUGCCAGCAAGUUCUAAUUUUUUCCCCUUGCCUUUUAGUAAGUGAUUGGUUCAAAAGGUAAAAUAUCCUUGUUCUUUAAAACAUCUGCAGUCCCUGUACUAUGACCUAAUUCCGAGGUCUUUCAAAUAAACUGUUUUUUCUAAUAUCAGUAAAUAGCUGACAGACAUCCAGGUCACGUAGGGGAAAUAUUCCCUCUCAUUUUAAUGCCCCAAGCUUGUGUAUGGGAAGGCAACUUUAUGACCAUUAACAAUCUUUGUAGUAUUCUAUGCUUCAGAGUGAAAACCCAUUCCUGCAUGGGACAGAAGCAGGCAUAGAAUUUUUUCCAUCACCUAAAAUACAUUGAUCUUUAGCCUUUUCUGCAGAGUCUGGUCUUUGAAGAAUUCUGGAGAAAAUGGACAGGUAGAUUGGCCUGAAAUAAGCAGGGAGGUAGGACUGCCAAAUGAGAUGGAACACUUGUUAAACAAAGAGCUUCAAAUACUGGACAGGAUGGACCAGUAGUUUUUUUUCUAAUGUGCUAGGGAGCUAGGAAAUGCCAAACUUAAAAUGUAUUUAAUUUGUUCAGAUAUGGCAGGGAUACUGGACCAGUUGGUAUGAUCUGGAGCUACAGAGAGGUAAAUCAAAUGGGAUAGGUGGACCACUGGGCCAAUUGAGGGUAUCGGUUAAGAAAUUCUUUGCUUGUAUGGCAUGUUUUGAGGUGCAAGCCUCGUGUUUUUUCUUUUCAGGCAUGCUUCGUGCACCUAUUUUUCAACUCCUGUGUGUUGCUCUUAGCCUCAGAACAACAGUGCCCCUGUCCUGUCCCUUGCGUUAUGUUGCAGGGAAGACAUCCAGAAUGGUAGUUUGUGAAGUGGUCAGCAUUGGUUUAGAGCUGGAAUUGCUGAAUCUCUCAUUUCAGGUUUCUACUUCGUCUGACACCCGUUCAGCCCAGGAAGAAGAGAUGCCACAGUCCAGCAAGGUUCGGGGUCUGAGGAGAAGUGGGCCAGCAGGGCUGCGCCGGCAUAAGCGCCGGUGGUCAUCCCAGCAGGCUACUAGGAACCAGCUGUUGCCACUCCAGUCCAGCAGGACUAGCCAGGAGGAGAGCACACCCUUUGUACUGGACUUGCAGAACCUGCCAGGGUUGGCCAGUGUCAACCUGAGUGCUCAGAACCCAAAUAUACAGGUGACCAUUGAGGUGGUGGAUGAUCCUCAGGCAGAGAUGGAGAUGGACCUGCUGAAAGAGACUAGCAAUGACUGGUCCCUGACCUCCUCUGAGUGGCUGUCCCACAGAGACCUCUUCUGGCCACUCUUCUGGGAAUACACAGACCCCACUGAGGAGGAGGAGGAAGAUGACAACCUAGACAUAGAGGAUAGGGGGGAAGAGGAAGAAGAGGAGGAGGAUUACACAGCAGAGUAUGAUGAAGAGGAGGUGACACUGAGCGGAGUGGGAGGCAACUGGGACCAGAGAUGGUCAGGGCAAAAGAACUGGAUCUUUAAAGAAAAAUAUAAUUAUGACUAUGAAGAUGAAGAGGAAUGGAGUCCUUGGUCCCCUUGCAGUGUAACUUGUGGUAGUGGCAACCAGAAGAGGACUCGGUCCUGUGGCUAUGCCUGCACAGCCACUGAGUCAAGAACCUGUGACCUACUCCAGUGCCCUGGAGCUGAUGGGGAGUUGGUCUUCACUACCGAGACACCAUUUGAGGGGGAGAACACCACAGAGAUGUUCAACUCAGAAGUGGACAGCUGUGAGAAAUGGCUGAACUGCAAAAGUGACUUCCUCACUAAGUACCUGAGCAAGGUGCUGACAGAUCUGCCCAGCUGCCCCUGCUCCUACCCCCUGGAGGCAGUUUACAGUGCUGUGAACCUGCGGGACGAGUACCAUGGCAAGAAUUUCCGGUGGCGGGAUGCUAGCGGGCCCAAGGAGCGGCUGGACAUCUACAAGCCCACAGCCCGCUUCUGCCUACGCUCCAUGCUCUCCUUGGACAGCACCACACUGGCUGCCCAACACUGCUGCUAUGACGAGCACACCCGUCUCAUCACACGGGGCAAGGGGGCUGGUGUUCCUAACCUUAUCAGCACGGAGUUCUCCCCAGAGCUGCACUACAAGGUGGACAUGCUGCCUUGGAUUCUGUGCAAGGGGGACUGGAGUCGCUACCACGCUGUUCGGCCCCCCAACAAUGGGCAACAGUGUGCAGAUAACCCCACCGAGGAGGAAUACCUCUCCCAGCUGCAGGAGGCCAAGGAGUAUUAGCUGGGCUCAGGCAAGUGAGAGGGGAGCAGGAUGUGGCAGGUCCAGCCUGUAACCUACCAGAAGAACCAGGAAGCCUGUAUUUCCUACUGCAGGGAAAGUCUGCAGGCCACAGUGGCUCUGGAGUUGUCCCUUGCUUAGCUCUCCUUUGGGAACAGAAUAGUCCAAGAGAGGGACAAAGCCCCAGGCCCAGCAUCCAGGCUCCCCAUCAGUGCCAAGCAGGGGUGGGGUGUGGAUUUCUUUUAAAUCUGGGUUGUUGCAAUAACCUUCCCAGUUGUCUAAGGGGCCAAAUUGAUUGUCAUUGCCCAGCUGUUCUGAUGAGGGCAUUCUUUUUUACACUAGCUCGCUCCCUCCUGAUAGCACAGGAGGCAAUGAGCAGCUAGGGGCAAUGGAAGCCAGCAGCAGCUGAAAGCAGAGGGGACAUACAAGGGGAAAGGGAGCAGUUCCCCAUAGUUUGCUGUGAAGUAUUAAUUAGACUCCCAUGAGAUGGCUGAGGAGUUUCAGGGUCUUUUUAGAGAAAUGCCCUCAGCUCCUGAUUUGUCUCCUGUUUGAGGCAGCUGUGCUGGUGGAAUGACUACACUAAGAGUUGCUGCUCUGGUAAAGAUUUAGCAGCUUUAUCUGGUCACAAGAUGCAACUAUGUAAGCAUUUGCCCCAGUAGUCCUGGGUCUCCCCUGAAACCUGGGACAGAUUCUCCUAGGGGAGCAGUGUUAUUGAAAAGUCCUGGUGGCGUGAGUAGAAUGGGGGCUUGUCUCCCUGGAUCUGACAUCUCGCACAUGGAGACUUUCAAACAACUAGUGAAAGGCCUGUACCGUGCUUAUGUGGCUGGGGGAAUGGGAGGAGGGUGUGGGUGCUGAAAUCUUUGUGAAAACAUCACCUCUCCAAGGUGGUUGGGGAGGAUAACAAGGCACAACUAGUGCCAAGGCCAGGGGAAGAUCAGGACAGUGGGACAAGCAGGUAUUCACAUGGGGCAGGAAAAGGAAAUGGUCAAAUGUCCAUUUGUCAAGUGACCACUUAUUCCUCAUUUCCAAAUGGGACAGGCAGGAGGACUUGUUAGAAGUCUCAUCACAGCUCAUGGCUAUACCCUGGCUCUCUCCGGCAGACCAGCUUUGCUGUGCAUGGCAGCGUUAAGGCAUCUGUGGACUAGCAGAUCCCAGACACGUCUUUUUUCUGGCUCAUUUUGGGUGCAUGAGGCAACCCUGUUCUGUGUCUCUGCAUGUCCCCUUGGAAGGAGAAAGAGAAUCUCCCUUCCAAUGCUGAUUCUGCCCUGACCAGGGUUUGCUUCCUGCAGGUGGCAGAUGGUUUUGGCAUGAUAAGGACCACAUGGAGUCCUUACCCUUCUGCACAUAGACGCUUCUUUCCUUGAUAUCUCCCUCAGAGAGGUUUUAGCCAGUGUGUUCUCCAGCCCGCUUCUCUACUGGAGGAUGGGGAGAAUGAUGAAAGUUGGGCACUGCCAACAGCUUAGCAUCUGGUUAAAGCAGGCAGACAAGCAUCCACCUAUUUCUCUUGGGAACUUUCACUGCCCACGUCCUUUCUUCCUCUCAUCCCAGCUCCUCACAUUCCUAUCCACCUAGCCUCUCCUCUGCUAGGCAGUGGGAGAUGGAAAGUGUCCAAAAGGUGUCCAAUGUCUGGGGAACUGGCUCCAAGGUCGGACCCAGAGAGUGGUAGUUGACGGAAGUGAAUCAACAUGGCACUUGGUGACUAGUAGUGUCCCCCAAGGCUCUGUCUUUGGAUCUGUACCCUUUAAUGUCUUCAUAAAUGAUCUGGACACUAGUGUCAAAAGUGGACUGGCCAAAUUCGCUGACAACACCAAACUUUGGGGAAGAGUGUCUACACUUGAGGAUAGGUUGGUGAUCCAGGCCAACCUAGAUAGGCUUGCAAGGUGGGCAGAUGAAAACUUGAUGGCAUUCAAAUGCAAAUUGUUCCACCUCGGGAAUAAAAACCCACAUCACACUUGUAGGCUCAGCAAUGCUACACUUGCUAGCACCAUGACCAAAAUAGACUUAGGGGUCAUGAUUGAUCACAAAGUGAAUAUGAGCCACCAAUGCAAUACCUCAGCUGGCAAAGUUGAACAGAACUCAGGCUUGCAUCUACUGAUGCAUCUUGAGCAGGACCCAGGAUGUCAUCCUCCCAUUGUACUCGGCCUUGGUGAAGCUGCAGCUGGAGUACUGCAUCCAGUUCUGGGCUCCACAAUUUAGGAAGGAUGUGGAGAAGUUUGAAAGAGUCCAGAGGAGAGCCAUGCACAUGAUCAGAGCGCAAGAGAACAGGCCUUAUGAAGAGAGGCUGUGAGCUAUGGGACUUCAGACUGGAGAAGCGCAGGCUCAGGGGUGACACAGUGGCAGCCUAUAAGUGCACACCACUUAUGCAUCAGGAUCUGGGGGAACAUCUGUUCACCAGAGCACCCCAGGGGGAAGGCAAGGUCCAACAGUCACACACCUCUGCAAGACCAUUUUAGACUGGACAUAAGGAAAACCUUUACUGCCCGAGCUCCCAAGGCCUGCAACAGACUCCCCGCAAAGGUGGUGCAAGCACCUACUCUGGACACUUUCAAGAAACAUUUGGAUGCUUAUCUUGCUGGGAUCCUUUGACCCUAGCUGACUUCCUGCCCCUUGGGCAGGGGGCUGGACCCGAUGAUCUUAUGAGGUCCCUUCUAGCCCUAAUGUCUAUGGAAUCUGUGGAUGGGCAGCAGUUGCUCAGCAGGAGAUUGUCUUCUAUGCUUGUCAUGACCCUCAGUUUGUCUUCAGGACUCUGCAGGGUAGUCACUGACUUCACUCAACAGCUCCCAGCCUUCUGGGGCUAGAAGGAACAGAGGGACCAGACCAAAGGCUAUAUAUAUAGCUCCCUGCCACCUUUACUAAAAAUUCCUUGGUCAUGGCCCACAGUCCUGUUUUUGGACCUGUAUGUCACCACCAGAAAUGUUCUUUCAUUGCUGAAGAUCCAACUAGCCCAUCCUGCAGCUAGUUUUGUGAAUUAGUUUAGGGCAUGGAGGUUUGACCAUAAACUCACCCUGUGGACUAACAAAUAUGUGGUAGGUUGGAUCAAGAUGUGGCAGUAGUGGCAUCUAGUGGUCAUUUUGGAAAAUAGCAAGUGUGUCAUUGUCCUGGCAUACAAAAACUAGAACUCUUGGUUCCAAAAUUAUACCUUUUAUUAGACCAACUGGAAAAUGGCAAGAAAAUUGUCCUUUUCUGCAAGCUUUCAGGAUCAAAGUCCCUUUGUUAGGCUCUGGGAAAAGCGUAGAUGGUACAAGAAGGUAAAAAGUCCCCAUAGGUAGGAAAUAAACUUCAUUUUUGCACAGAGAGAGCUGAAGAUGGAAGUCUGUCCCUGUGGGUCCAUGAGAGUCUUUGUGAGCUGUGUUGAAUAGCUCUUUGAUGUGUUGAUCAGGUAGAAGUUCUUCCCUGAAGGUGUCAGAUGGGAGGCAGGGAGGUAAAAAAAAAACUUCCUUGUAGUUCUGCAAUUAAGUUUAAAAUCCAGAAUUGACUGACAUUUGGCAUCUCCCAUGUUUCAGGGGUGUACUUGGUAGCUGUGUUGGUCUGAGACAAAAAGACAUGCAAAAAAACUAGAACUCUUGGUUCCAAAAUGAUACUUUUUAUUAGACCAACUGGAAAAUAGCAAGAAAAUUGUCCUUUUCUGCAAGCUUUUGGGAUCGAAGUCCCUUCGUCAGGCUCUGGGAAAAGUGUAGAUGGUACGAGAUGGUAAAAAGUAAAUUGUCCUGGAGAACCCAUUGUUCUGUGUGGAUGACUGAACUCUGAUGGGUGAUGGGAAUAAGCCACUCGUGACUGAGGGUCACAAAUGUCAUCUCCUUCCCCAGCAAUGUCUUCUGCUUUCUGUGAUGCUCCCUUAAGAACUUAGUUACACAAAGUGUGGCAGCCUUGCCCCAUCCCACAGCGAAUUAGCAGGCAAUGUUUAGUUAUGCCCUGUCAUUUCACUUUAGGCUCAUUGAUCUGCCUACACAUCUUUCUGUGCAUGAGAUAAGGGUCUCAAAAGUCCUGUCUCAGUGUUCCUUAGUAUCUUGUAUAGGCUCAGUAUAGCAGGGUGAACCACAACUUUCCUCUUUAUAAUAAAAUAUGAAAGAUAGUUUGUCCCACUGUCAGAGAGAGAGUAAGGUGAGGAGUUCAUCUGUCAUGACAAAGGAGUAGAUUCCUAGGUCUGACCUUAGGUUCAUGGGAAGGAAAACUCUCCAGGUACAGUGUGUCUUGUUCUUUCCUUCCUUCCCUCAUACCUGCUGGCUGUACGUGGAAGCAACCAUUAAUUCCUGCCUCAAAGACAGUCAUGUCCUAAUGUCAGGAAGGGAGCUGCUGAGUCAUUACACCCCCUGCAACUAGAACUGUGCCAUUUCCAUUGCAGAGGACCCAGGAGACUCAAGAUUUGACUAAACCAAAGUGGGUAUGGCUAGGAAAGAAUGCAAGCAUAACAAUAAUUUACUUGGUGGAUGGAUUCUACUAAUCACCAAGCCACACACAUUCAAAGAACUAUACAAUUAGAUACCAUACCCUCUCAGUGGUUGUUCUUGGCAUUUCUGGAGUGCCCAUUCACUGGUGGGAGCCUUGCCUGAGUUUUCCAGCUCUUCCCAUAUAAUUGACCCAUUGCUUCUUCCUCCAAGGAUAUUUUGUAGCCAAUACCAAAGGUUCCCAGUCUUUUGGCUGAGGGUGUAGGCUUUAAUGUCACUUCUUCGGUACUUCCCUCAGUGGCUUCUGGGGUACCCACCAGCCUAACACAACAGGCAGCUGUUCAGAGUAUCCUGAAUAAAACAAAUUUAACUGGCAGAGGAAAUGAAGAGAUAAUCAAGUAAAAAAAGUAAGAAUAAUGGGAUCACUAGUAAGCUAGGACUACCCUGAACACAGCUGACUGGUCCAUGCCUUUCUGCAGAAUAUAGGUUAAGUGAGGGGGAACCCUUCCAAGGCCAGAGGUCUCUAUAUCUGAUUGCUAUAUGUUGUUUCUCUUAAGUGCAUAGUAGGUUGGAUCAAGACGUGACAGGAGCAGAAAUAGACUGGAAUCUGUUUCCUGGGCUCAGGAGCACCCAAUAUUUCAGCUGUUUUGGGAUCUCUCUAUCAGCCCCUCUUGUAUCUGUUGACCCUUUUUGCUUCUGUUCCUUGGGGAACAAUUUGUUCUGGGUCACCAGCAUGUGGGGCACUGUCACUGGUCAAAGUGUGUAUUUACCAAGUUGCCACAUGCUGAGUGAUCAUUGUUUAAUAAUGAUAGUGCAUUGUCACUCACAGUAGCUGAUUGGUACAGAAGCCCCAAGUUGCUGGCACUGCAAAAACAUAUACAGACAUAGCCCCUUCUGAAAAGAGCUUACAAUCUAAGGUGACAGAUUCUGUAUGAAGACUGGGAGGUAGAAACAGAGAACCACUAAUUCUAGAGAAUGUAGGUAUUACUAUGUUCUCCCCACUAUCAUUUAUUGGUGGGUUUCUUAUGGAUUUUGUGACAGAGGUUGUUCAUGAGAUAUUUGGUUGAGGUGACAGCAGUGGAGUGAUGGAUCCAUUGCAGAAGAGCAGUCCAUGUCUAAGGACAGUUUGGAAGAAGAGAGGUUGCUGUUUAUGUGCCAGGCUGCUGAGUGGAAUCAGUCAAUGAUGGAGGGAUACACUCAUGGGCCAACAGAUAAUCUUUUUAUAUGUCCUCUUCUACACUGAAUGACAUUGGCCAACUUUAAAAAACUCUCUCAUGAGUAGAGGCUAUUUAAGAUCAGUUUGUCUCCUACUGUUUAAGAAAUUUCCACCUCUUAAACUUGUCUACAUUUCAAACAGGUGCACAUUCAGGCAGCGUAUCUGCAAGCAUCCUUUCUGAGAAGAGGGCUUCAGGAUGUCAGUCAUCCAGCUUUGCUAAGCCAGGAGACUUCCAAGUAAACACUUGCCUUCUAUUGAGUACUGUUGCAGGUUAAAAGCACCCUCACCCCCAUUCACACUGAGUUUGUCAAACAGUACAAGCCUAAAAACAAAAACAGCAAUUUCUGUAACAAACCUAGUUCCUAUCAGACACCUGGUGAGAACUUCAGCAGCACAGAGCUCCUGUUUAAAAACCCAGUUAAGAGCUGAGUGGGUCUUACACUGUCCUGCUUGGAAGUUUUGGAAGAUUUAGGCAUGAAUGGGAGAUUGGCAAGCAAGAAGCCACAGCUCUUGUCACACAAGCACCUUAUGCAUCCAGGAAGCUUUGCCAAGCAUUGCUAGAAGAGUAGGCAUUUAGGCAAGUGUUUAUUUUUAUAUCCCAUCAAAAAUCCUAUCCAGCCACAACUAUUUAAGCUGGUAAAGAACUUACUUUAUCAUCACCCCCUACCUCGAUUGUGUUUUAUAUAAUAUAGAUAUCUACAGAUAUAUAUCUAUAGAUAUAUGUAUCUAUAUAUCUUUUACUCCUACAAAACUGUGUAGUGGGGAAUUCUUUAUUCUGACUUUGCAAUAAAGCACUUUAUUUACAAUGUAUGUAUUGUUGUUGAUGUUGUUCAGUGGUGUUCAACUGUAUAGUGCUGGAUAGUUUUUUGUUUUAUGGGACAACAUAAUGUUAAAUGCUGCAUAUUUGGAUCCAUGUCCAUUGCUGGAUUAUAAGGAGCCUGACAUAUUUGCUGACUUUUAUUUUUCUUUAUUGUUUGUGUUUUGAUAGUGAUGGGCGAACCGUAAGUAACAUGAAGCAGGCAUUUCAGAGUCUACUCUGAACCUUGCAGACUCCAAAUUUCAGGUGAUCAGACACUCCUGGAGGAAUCUUGUUCUCUUGGCCUGGUAGUCCCACAAGACUAGCCUUCUCUGUGGUACAGUGAUACUUCUGUUCCCAGCAGACAUGGGGGAAAGGAGGGGGGGAAAUGAAAACACCUUAAAUUGCUUUCAAAGUCAAAUUGAAUUUUUCAUAGCUCCAAGUCUUGGAUUUUUGGGAAGAGGGAAAGGAUCAUGGCAGGUUUCAUUAUAGCUGGUUCACCCAUCCCUACACUUUAAUGUUCUGGUCUCUUCCUGUACAGUAUUUAUUGUAUGUGAUGGCUGUGGUAGCUUAUGAAAUAGGGAGUGAUGCUGGUGAAUGGAUCCGCACUAUUGAGCCAUGUUGUGUGUGUGAACUAAGUGCAGAGGCUUUACCAAAAGGGAAGUGAUAUUACAGAUGUCUCUUACCAAUAAACUUUCUUGUUACCACGUG